CUCUUAUAACAGAGAUUAAGACACACUCAUUCACUCUCUUUUUAUCUCUCUCUUUUCUGGCUUGAAAAGAACCCUCGUUGUUACAACAGAAAGCAGCUUCUUCAACAGUUUGCUCCGUUUUGUUUGCAGCUUUGUUUUGAUGCAAUGGGGAUGUUGGGAAGCUCCACCACCUCAUUGUGUCUUGGAAAUCAUCAUUGUGUUGAAUUGGCCAAAAAGCUUAUGAUGAGUAAUGUGAGAGAAAAAACUUCAAAGGUAUUAGGCGCAAUCGGUUUCAUUGUAUGGGUCAUUGCUGAGAUACCUCAAAUAAUCACAAACUACAGAGAAAAAUCAACUGAGGGUCUCUCUGUUACUUUCUUGAUUACAUGGAUCAUAGGAGAUAUAUUCAAUGUCUUUGGAUGCUUGCUGGAACCAGCUACCCUUUCAACACAAUUAUAUACAGCAGUGCUGUAUUUCAUCAUAACUGUUUCACUUUGUUUACAAGCAAUAUACUAUGGACACAUAUAUUCUCCUAUGAAGUAUCAUAAACAGCUCAAGAUUGCCAAUGAUGGGAAAAUUGAGGCACCAACAAAUUUGGAACAAAACCACAGUGAAAUGAAUAAUGGAAGUGAUGCUGAUCAAAGUAAGGAGUUUGAUGACUAUAUUACACACAAUGCUUUGAGUUCUACAAUUCCUGUUCUGAUCAUUACUAAAAGUUCUGAUGGAAGGGAAAUAUGCCACCAGUCACCAACGUAUCCAUCUCCGACAGCGGAAUCCGUCUUAGCCCAGGAUCCAGUAGAAGAGCCCUUGCUUCACUCCUCUGCUGCUACACAAUCUGAUCCAGUUUCAAAGAUCAAAACUACUCUGUGUUUGGUUUCAUCAUUAACUUUGCUUGGUGCCUUCAAUCUGCUUCAAUCAUCAGAUAGAGGAAUGGUCCAAAAACCAAGUCAAGAAUUCGUGAUCUACGUCGGACGUAAGCUUUUUCAGGUUAGUGGUGAUCAGCAAGCAGAGCAUCCUGUAGAACACAGUAGUAUUGGGACCUUACUUGGUUGGGCAAUGGCAUUUAUAUACAUGGGUGGAAGAUUUCCUCAAAUUUGUUUAAACAUGAAAAGGGGUCACACUCAGGGCGUCAAUCCUUUGAUGUUUCUCUUUGCUUUGGUUGGGAAUUCUGCCUAUGUAGCAAGCAUCCUUGUGAGAAGCUUGGAUUGGUCACAAAUCAGGCCAAAUCUGCCAUGGGUAGUAGAAUCAGGAGGAUGUGUCCUUCUUGAUUUUUUUAUUUUAAUUCAAUUCAUGUAUUUUAACCAUUGGAACUCCAAAGCCUUGGGUAGUAAGUUCAAAGAUCAAACUGCUGCUUAAAUGACAG